UCUGUAAAAGGAAAAUAAUUAAAUUGAAUUGGGAAGGAUUUAAAACGUGAUUGUUGGGAGUUGUAAUCACUUUACCACAAACGUCUCUUCACAUUCCCUUCCAUUCUUCCCCUUCUUGCUCCUAUUUUCAAAAGAAAACCUCCCCAUUUACCUGGCUUUAACACCUCCCCCCCCCCCCCCAGAAACCCUCACACAGAAAAAAGGGGCAAUGAUAGCCAGAAAAAGAGGGCGAUCAUGAGAACAAAUGGUGGAGGACGUCGUCGUUGUCGACGUAGAUGGGGAUCUGGACAACAACGCCAAUCUCGACAACGAUGAUUUCAUGCCCAUGAAUGUUGAUCAGCUCAAAGACGACGACGAUGACACUGAGAAUCUCGCCGACGACAACAAUCUCAGUGUGGUAAUUAUAGUCCCAGCUGAUUCAACAUGGAAGCACUUGUGGUUCAUGAUCAAGAUGAUGAACCAGCUUUUAGAGAGAAGAAACUGAAGCAGAGGAAGGACACAACUAGAAUUAAGAAAAGGCUGAAGUCUGCAGGAGAAUACGACAGUGAGCAUGCAGCAAAACAAUUUACUAAUGAUCUCAAGAGGAAGAGAAAUACAAGCAAAACAUAAAAGUCAUUGCUUGUUUGUUUCAUCUAUAGUUCUUAUGAAUGUUUACCGUAUGUGCCAAACUAUAUUCAAACACAGUUAAUUUGGUUGUGUUUGACGGAUGUUACUUUCUACUAAUGAACUAGUAUGAGUAUGCAAACGUAUUAGUUUUUAGUUUGAUUGGGUUUCUCGUUAUUUUCAUGGCCUGAGUUCAUAUUAGUUGUAAGAUUGGAGUACAAACUUCGUGAUACGUGUACCACCAUGAACAGAAAAGUAUAGAACCAAUUCCAUUAUUGUAACGCAGGUGACAUUGGAUUGGUACGUGUACCAUUGGAGUGGUACGUCUAUCAUUAAAGUGGUACAUAUAGCGUGGAAUGGUACUUGUACCACUCAACUAAUAUUUGGUAGUGGUACUCUAAUUCCAGUGGUACGUUUACCACUGGAGCGGUAUAUGUACCACUCAACUGGUACGUGUACCAAUUAUGUACCGAUAGAAGCUACCAGUCCAAACUACUACCACUACCGGUGUCAAUCUAUAUGAUAGAAGCUAAUUGGUAGAGAUUGACACAGGUAUACAAAAUGCUAUGAAUAACCACUAUUCACUACAAAUCCAAAUUACAAAUCGUAAUACCAUUGUCUAAAUACACAUUUCAAUACCAGUACUACCAGUCCACAAAACAAAUUGGAGCCCAUUAAUGCUACCAAAACCACUACUCGUCCAUAAAACAAAUUGGAGCCUAUCAACCCUCCAGAAUGUCAAUGAUUGAAUUCGUGCUGCACUUCUCCCAAAUUGGCUACUACGAUCCGUCGCUUCUUCUCCAGGGACUCUUCGAUAAACUCAAACAUAAAAAAACUCAUAUUAGAUAGAAGUUCAAUUAAAGCAGGACAACAAGAACUAGCGUCGCUGAAUGAAGAAGACGAAGAGGGAAAAGGGAUAGAAAAAGGGUUUUCAUGUACCUGAAACUCUGCUGAACAAGGAGAUUCCACCAUUAGUUGUUCGCUCUGACCAGGGAUGGAUUACGAGAGAUGGUGGUAAGAAAUUUUGGACAUAUAUUUAAUAUAGGAUAUGUUUCACA